AUGGCUUCCGAAACUCCAGCGCAGUCGCAGCCCGACACAUCCGGCUUCCUGUUUGUAUCGCCUGAAGUCAAGGGAGAACAAAAGGCUAUGCGGGUUUACAGAAUGUCAGAGGAAGAUAUUCUUGCUCUAAGCAAGGGAUACAAAGUCAACCUCCACGUUGAAGGUUCUGGUGAACAUGCACCACGACUGCUCAAGCCCAAACUGACUCUCCGAGCUCUCUGUGCCUUCAUUCCUGCCAUUGCCCGAGCUGUUCGAUCGCACAAAUCGAAUAACGGAGCCUUUAUCACAGACGUUGUAUUGCCGAACCACCUUGUGUCUGCGUAUAACAAGCUCUUUGGUUGGAUCUGGGCAUCGAUACUCGCAGGUCAUGUGCUUCGCCCCGUCAGAGUUGACAGAUCCGCUUUGCGAAUGUAUCAGGAGGUCAAGACUGUUGCUGAGAAAUUGUCAAUUGGUUACAUGGUCAAAGCGAUGGAUGCUAGGAUCACUCAGAUGGCAGCUGCUGCUCCGAAAGCAGCCUAG